AUGCCACAUGCUGACGGCAUUCAAGCGAAUAUCAUCUCCAAUGGAACUCCUUUAGCUGAAUAUCCAAGCCCCACAACAGCUCCCAACACGGUCUUCUGUGAAUCCACACCGGAGGAGGAUGAUAGUCACCCCGAGCAAAUUGUUAAAAACCUCGGUACCGUGUCUUUGGAAUUUUUCCAUUGUAGACUGGGUCCACAAAAACCAAGCGGAAAAAGUUUCGUUCCGUCAGUUGCAUCAACUAGCAAGUUUUCUGAACGGAAUAAAAAAGCUAGUAUGAUUCCACAUACUAUUGGCCUUGGAGAAUCGACUAUUGCCUCGAAAGCGCGAUCUUCAACAUCUUAUGCGAAUUGCCAAAUCGAAUCCACACCCUAUCUGCGAUUUGUAUGGCAGUACAGAUCUCGCAGCAUGCUGAUCACUGCGGGUCUCAUUCCUCGACCUCCCAGCCCACUCCCAGAUCUCCGACUAUCAAUGCCCCCUCGGCCUAGGCCUCAAAAUCACGAAUCCAGACCAGUUCAAGGACAAGCAUCGUCACUCGGUACCAAUGGCAAUGACCAAGUGUCAUGUGGACCUUCGACCAAAACUACUCAGGGGGAAAUUAAGCCUGAUGUCAAACCAAAGACAAUCGUUAGCAAAUCAGUGGUGAUCGAUUUGUGCGAUGAUGACGAUAGACCAAUGGUAUCCUUUUCUAGUCUCGAAAACCCUAUCAUUCUCGAUGAUGACGAUGAUGAGCAGACAAAUCAAUCAUCCAAUCAAGUUACUCAAGCUAGUAGUAGUUCAGCUCGGAAAGUCGAUGUUAAACCUGCCGAAAUGAAGUUGGAGACUCGUGGUAUUACAAAUGAAAAUAAGCCAUCCAAACAAACGAAACGAGCUCCGGAUGCAUCAGAUGUUGACGAACUUGAUGAGAAGCGAGUGAAGGUGGAGAUCUGA